AUGCCUCAUAUUCCUCCAGAUUCUAAUCAUGAGACCAUUGAUCAUCUUUUCAUCUCUUGUUCCUUUGCCAGCAAUAUUUGGAGUUGUCUGCCUGAUGCCCUUUUGAAGCCUCCACCCAGGUCUGAUCUUCUGUCUUGGCUCAAUAUGUUAUCUUGUGACAAUAAUCCUCAAGGCCCUAAUCAUCUAUCCAAAGCCAUUAUGAUUUGCUCGCAAAUUUGGGAAGCUCGAAAUAACCUUUUAUUCAACGAUGUUCCCCUCAUCCAACUCUAUGUCUUCACAUUGCUGCUCAUGUUGGCUUGGAUUACUGGAACCUUAACCACCCUAGUCCUAAGCCUAAGAAUCCAGUCCCUGAUAUCAAGUGGAAGCCUCCUCGCACUAGUUGGAUCAAACUUAACUUUGAUGACUCUGUUCAAAAUGGAAAUUCUUCUACUCGCUUUGUCCUAA